GAUUUGUUUGUGAUUUUCGUGUGAACAUUAUUCUUCCAUGUCAGACUAACUACUGAUUUCGUUCUUUAUGAGUUGAUCUUGGAUGAAAGUUUGAUGUUGUGCCAAGAAGUGUGGCAACACUUUGUUGUUCCUCCUUUCCCCUUCUGACCUAAUGAAAUCUGAUAUCCCCUAACAUUAAUAAACGUGCCUUAUACAGAAGCAUUUAAAAUAGUGAGGUGUGGGCUUUUUAAAGUAAUCACUACAAAAUCAUUGUGGACUACACUGAUAGCAGUUGUGUUGAAUUAAGUGAGCAGUUCUCUGUCCUCCUCCAGAUUUAGUCAGCGCUUUUGUACUUUAAAAAAGCCACUAUUUCUUUCUACGUUUUUGCAGACAGAAGUCAUCCUUUUUCAUGAGAAAUGUGUUUUCUUUAACAUGAAGUCAAAGAACUGCCAGUUGUACUAGGAGGAAACAAGUCUAAAAGGGCUGUUCAUGUUUUGUUUUUAAUGUUUUUCCUGUGUUGAGACAAUUCCUGAAUAUUUUGUUUCACGUUGCAAGUUUUCUAUCAGGCAGAAUUGACCUGAGUUUGGAGGAUGAAGUCCAACCUAAAGCAUAUGGUUCCCCCAGUGAGUAAGGACAGAAUAAUCUCCCAGUUUCCUAAGUGGUACACUCCUGAGGCCUGUCUACAGUUCAAAGACCACUUCCAUGCGCAGCUCAGGACUGCCUGUCAGCAGAGCACUGGAACAACUGGAUACACUACAUUUCAAUUUUAAGAGUGCAGGUGAGUCACCUUCAGCCCAUCUGCUGUAUUCUGUGGGAGAACCCAGAGCAAAGAGAAUUAUUUGCAUGAGGCUGAAAAUAUCCAAAGUGGUGGUGGUAGGAGACGUCUAUGUUGGGAAAACUAGCCUCAUCCACAGGUUCUGUAAAGAUCGUUUUGAACGAGAUUACAAGGCGACCAUUGGGGUGGAUUUUGAAAUUGAACGUUUUGAAAUAGUUGGAAUACCAUAUAAUCUCCAGAUAUGGGACACAGCAGGUCAGGAAAAGUUCAAGUGCAUUGCAUCUGCUUAUUACCGAGGAGCAGAGGUUAUAAUAACAGUGUUUGAUCUAGCUGAUAUCCAGACUUUGGAUCACACCAAGCAGUGGCUGGAAGAUGCUUUGAGGGAAAAUGAGGCAAAUUCCAUCUUCAUCUUUCUGGUUGGAACAAAAAAAGAUUUGGUGUCAGAUGCUGUUUGUGAAAGGACAGAGCUAGAUGCUAUCCGCUUUGCCAAUGACAUGCAAGCAGAAUACUGGUCAGUUUCAGCCAAAACAGGGGAAAAUGUCAAAGAGUUCUUCUCUCGAGUUGCUGCCUUGGCCUUUGAACAGUCCAUGAUAAGGGAACUGGAGAAAACCACGGGGCACAUGGCUCAAAUUGGGACGGGAAACCUCAUCCGACUGGAACAGAACCUGAUGGAAAUCCCAGAAGGCAAUGCUCAAGAAAGCUCAAGUUGCUGUUGACUUUCAACUCUUUCUGCAAGUGCCACACUUCUCUGUAGUCCAGCAUAGAGUACCUGCAACAACAAAAGCUCUAAAACCAGAAUUAAAAGCUUGUAUUUUUAGAAAUGAGGGAGAACAACCUUAUUCAGACUUCCUUUCUGAGACUUCUCUUGUUGUUGAAGGCUUACUUGUGCUGAAUUGUAUUGUUAUAUAGGCUUCUUUCUGUGUAGUAAAAAUAUGACAUCCUUGUCUCAAUGCAAGAGGACAUUGCCAUCACUGUGUUCUCACCUAUCUGCCAGAAAAACUUGUAGUCAGAAGUUAUAUAACUGUAUCAUGUUGGGUUUUGGUAAUUUUCUAGAAAUCUUGAAUACUGAAGUUGCAUUCUCAUGGGAGCAGAACACAAAUGGCAACUUGGAAAAAAGGGUGCUACCCAUGGUUUUGCCUUAAAAAAAAAAAAAAGAAAAAGAAAAAAGAGAGAGAGAUUAGACCAUAGCAUAACAUUAUUCACAUUAUUCUAGCUUGCUUUUAUGCAUUACAAGUUUAUUAAAGCUUUUACGAAAGCACCACUUUAAGAAAAAAAAAGAAAGGAAUAGUUAUGAAAGCACACAAAUGCAGGCUGUGUAGUUUUCAGUGAUUUCUCCAUCCAGAAAAAAAAUCUACUUUUCUCUUUUCCACUAAAGAAUCAAAGCCCAACAUUCAAAUAUUCCCAAGCCUGGGAGAGGUCCUGAUAGGAACCCCUCUGUUUUAUCCUGGCUGCCAAUUAUUCAAAAAAUGCUACCAGAUAAUAAUGCUAUAAUUUUUCAGCAUCUUCAAUAUGACAGAAUAGUCUCAUAAUGAUGCAUGACAUAUUUCAUUCAUGUAUGAAAUGAUGCAUGACAUAUUUUCAGUCUUCCAUAAGGGAUGCAGAAUUCUUCUUUGCAUUAAUCUUCACAAAAAUUGUCUACGCUGCAGUUCUGUUUAGUUGCUAAGAAUAAUUGUUGGCAUUUUAUUGUAAUUCAUUUUUUUUGUUUGUUUAUAGUAUUGUACCAUGAUUUUGGAGCCAUAUGCAGUCUCAGUCACAGUCAUACCUACCUGUGGUAGGAACUCUGAGCUGGUAAGGUUAGAUUCAGUACUCUUGCUAAACUUUUAGUCACUCUAUCUGCCUUUACUGGACAAGAUAAUUUGAUCACUUGAUGAUAGGAGUAAUUUGCUCCACUGCUUAAUGGAAGCUAUAAUAGCAGAGAAAGAACUUUUGCCAAUUUGUGAAAAGUUUAAAACUAUAUGUGGAUUUAGAUGGAUGGAUGGGAAAUGGUGGAGUUUUCCCAAGUAGACAUAUGCUUAUUAUGCCACAAGUUGUUUGCCUUAAGAGGUCAUCGUUACUGAAUGCUUACUGUAGAACCUGCUCUUUGAGCACACUGCUGAUACUUGGUGUGCUGGCUGGAACAAAAAUCAUUGCUGCAGUUCUAUAUUUUCAAAUACCCUUUGACUUAACCUUGUGCAGUUAUUUAGAGAUUACAAUCAUUGCCUAAUGUGGGGAGAUUGGCUCUAGGCAACUCUGAAUGUCACUCGAGUAAAGCAGCUGUAUGAAGAUAUCCUCCUCUUUGGGUAGGAAUGACUGAUGCCAAAAGAUACUGCUGUUAUAAAAACCAUUCCUGUUGACAAAUGACAUUGCCAGAAAUUUGAAUGACAAAUAACAUUGUCUGAAAUUACAGUAUAAAUAUUUACUCAGUAUAUGUGAUUGUGUUAGUAUGAUUGAUUUUGGUAAUUAGGUUUCAACUCCAUAAGUACAAAAGUUAAAAGGAAAUACAUAAAAAAUUAUAGAGGAAUGAAAUGAGUACAUCUUGCUGAACAGAAAGACUGCUCCUCUGUAUCAGCAGCUUAUAGCUUUUUAGUUCUAAGACUAAUCCAGCAUUACAUGCUAUGCUACAUAAGAAAGCAUGGAACAUGUUCUGUAGUGCUCUAAAUUUCAUACUGCAGCUGGGGAGAAAGAAGAAAAUAUAUAGCUAGUUACAGGUUACAGUUUUGGAAGAUGUUCAUUCAGUCAAUAUAGAAAGUACAGUACCUGGAAAAUUGAGAAAAUAAAGAUAGACAUUUGAUAUUCAAUCUACACAUUGAGUAUGGCCUGCAGGUCAAGGAAAGUGAUCCUACUCUUAAGCACUGGUGAGAUUUCACCUGGAAUAUUGAGUCCAAAUGUGAAGUCUCCAGCACAGGAGAGACAUGGACCUGUUGGGGUGCAUCCAGUGAAAGGCCACAAACAUGAUCCAAGGGUUGGAACACCUCCACUGUGAGGACAUGCUGAGGGCUGGGGCUGUGCAGCAUGGAGAAGAGAAGGCUUAGGGGAGAACUGAGAACAGCCUUUCAGAAUCUAAAGGGGAGAUAUGGGAAAGAAGGGGACAGACUCUUUAACAGGUCUGUGUGAUAGGACAAGGGGAAAGGGUUUCAAAUUAAAAGAGGGGAGAUUUAGAUUGGAUAUAAGAAGUUUUUUUUUUUUUACAGUGAGGGCGGUGAGGCACUGCAUAGGCUGCCCAGUGAGGUGGUGGUACCCAGUCCCUGCAGACAUUCAAGGCUCUGAGCAACAUGAUCUUGCUUAUAGAUGCAUUGCAUAUAGAUCCACUGCAGGGGCAUUGGAAGGCACCUUCAAAUGUCAUCUAGUCCAAUUCAAAUGGUUCAGUGACUGUAAGCUAAAAAUAUUCUAGAUUCUCAACCAUUUAUUUCCUCAAAAAUUGUUUGAAAAAGUGAGGGGAAAGGUAGCUUACAACCUUUUAAUUACUUUUAUUUUUCUGUGACUUAUGAUGUAAACUAGAGUAAUUACAAAUAAUGUAAUAGACAUCUAGAAUCUUUUUUUUUUUUUUUAAGUCAAUUUUUUUCCCCAAUUGAUUCUGUUGGCAAGGACAACAAUAUAGCAUUUGGUGAAGAUGAAUAUGUAUGGGUAUGUAAAGAGUUCUUUAUCUGAUUGUGGAAUAUUCUGACCUGCAUCUCUUUGACAAGAUGAUGAAUAUAUGCUCUACUUGUACCAUGUCUGAUACUGAGUGAGCACCAUAGGCACGAUCUUUGUGCUUACUGAGUUUGAACGAGAGUAGAAAAAGAUGUUUUACUCUACUGCUGUGUAUUAUGUAUGCAUAUAAAACAUGUUGCAUUUCUGUAAUGCUUUUCAGAAGCAAUUUUACAAGCCCAUUAGAGCCACAUAACCAUUGCUUCAUACUGUGCUGUGCAUGAGUACUGCUAACCUCAUAUUACUGAUAGAAGCUCUUAGAAAUAGUAUUAGAAUCCUUUGUUUGCAUAUGGAAAUUUUUCUAUGAACUGAUUUGAAACUCAGAAUUUUGUGUGUUGUUAUCAUCCAUUUAUUCUCAGUUUGCUUCUUUGUUAAAGACAUUAAUGUAACAGGAAAUAAUUUAUAUAGUAGUUAUUAUUCUAAAGAUGUGCUUCAAGGCUGUUUGCUACCCAAGAUGAACAGGUCUGAGCCUGGAUUUCUGACCAAA